AUGGAGGGCGAGGAGGCCCCGUCAUGGCGGGGUCCCGGCGGGGCUGUGCGGGAGCUCUGCCGCUCUUUCGGCCACUACAACCGGCACCUGGCGCGGCUACAGCACAACCUGCGAGAGACCAAGAGGUUCUUCCGCGAUGUCAAGUACUCCCAGGGACAUCCCUUCGCCUCGGCGCCUGCCGGUGACGGCCCCCCCUCCGCCGGGGAUGGGGAUGGGGGUCCCGGGGAUGGCGGCCCCGGCCCCGCCUGGUUCCCGCGGCACGAGGAGGAGCAGCUGCAGCGCUCGGUGAGCUGGCGGCCAUGCCUGCUCAUCCUGGGCCAGAACUGCGGCGCCAAGGGCCGGCUACUGAACGCUCUGCUGGGCCAGCAGCUGCUGCCCGCGCCCGGGGCUGGCACCGGGGACCUGCCCUCACCUGGGACUGGCACCGGGGACCUGCCCUCACCUGGGGCUGGCAACAGGAAUCUGCUCUCAUCUGGGACUAGAAACAAGGAGCUGUCCUCACCUGGGACUGGCAACAGGGACCUGUCCUCACCUGGGGCUGGCACCGAGGAGCUGCCCUCACCUGGGACUGGCAAUAAGGAGCUGCCCUCAUGCCAAACUGGAAACGGGGACCUGCCCUCACCCGGGAUUGGCACCGAGGAGCUGCCCUCACCUGAGACUGGCAACAGAGACCUGCCUUCACCUGGGACUGGCACCGGGGGCCUGCCCUCAGCCGGGGCUGGCACCAGGGACCUGCUGCCCACGCUUGGCACCGAGGAGCUGCCCGCACCUGGCACCGGGGAUCUGUUUCCCAGCCCUGAGACUGGCACGGAAGAGCUGCUGCCCUCACCCACGCCCAGCACUGAGGAGCUGCUGCCCAGGCCCGGGGCUGGCACCGGGGACCGUCCCAGGCCCGGGGCUGGCACCGGGGACCGUCCCAGGCCCGGGGCUGGCACCGGGGACCGGCCCAGGCCCGGGGCUGGCACUGAGGAGCGCUGCCGGCGCCGCCGUGUGCGUUUCACGCACGGGGCACGGACGCGGCUGAGCCUGGCACUGCCCGGGCAGUACGAGCUGGUGCAGGCGCUGGCAGCUCACAGCGGGCACUGGGACACCAUCCCCGAGCAGGACCUGCAGGUGCCCGGCGACGCCGAGGAUCCCGCGCAGAGGGUGGCGGAGCUGGAGGUGGUGCUGCCCUACGCGCUGCUCAAGGAAGUGGACAUCGUGGUGGCUCCAUGCCGGGGCUUCCAGUCAGCUGAGGCCACCUUGGGCGAGUUUGUGAACCAAGUGCUUCCCGUUGUCACCUUCGCCAUCAGCGAGCCCCAGCUGUCCCCGUCGGACCAGGCAGAACUUCGGGAAAUCAAAGAGAAAUUCUCCGUUCCCAUCUUCUUCCUGCGAGUCUCGGAGCCCUGCGGCGAACCCGACCGGGACAAAUCCACCGUGGGCAGCGAACCCGACCGGGAUAAAUCCACCCGGCAGCUGCUGGAUCUGCAGUUCCUGAGCCCGUCCAGCCCCUGCGGCAUUCCCGGCUCCUCCAUGCUGGAGAAGCUGCGGCUGCUGAGCGCCUUUUCCAGGCAGGUUCUGCAGCAGCACCUGGUGCAGGCGGCCACGAGGCUGAGCGAGGUUCACGGGCGCUGCCUCAACAUCUUCAUCAACCAGGCGUUCGACAUGCAGAGGGACCUGCAGAUCACCCCCAAGCGCCUGGAGUACACCCGCAGGAAGGAGAGCGAGCUCUACGAGUCCCUGAUGGGCAUCGCCAACCGCAAGCAGGAGGAGAUGAAGGACAUGAUCGUGGAGACGCUGGGCAACAUGAAGGAGGAGCUGCUGGAGGAUGCUGCCAGCAUGGAGUUCCGAGCAAGUGAUUCAUGGAAUAUCCCAUUUUUUUCCAUUUUCACAGGCUCUAGCAAAGUUCCUAGCUGUCAGAAUUCCCUUUUUUUUUUUUCUCUCUUUUCCCAGAGGAAAAUUCCCAUUUUUCUGCUUUUCCAGAUCCUGAAUGCAGCCUAUCACGUGGAGGUCACUUUCCACUCGGGCUCAACAGUGACCAGGAUGUUGUGGGAACAGAUCAAACAGAUAAUCCAGCGGCUCACGUGGGUCAGCCCCCCGGCCAUCACCAGUGAGUGGAAGAGGAAGGUGGCCCAGGAUGCCAUCGAGAGCCUCAGCGCCUCCAAACUGGCCAAGAGCAUCUGCAGCCAAUUCCGCACGCGCCUCAACAGCUCCCACGAGGCCUUCGCUGCCUCCCUGCGCCAGCUGGAGGACGGCCACUCGGGCCGGCUGGAGAGGACCGAGGACCUGUGGCUGAAGGUGAGGAAGGAGCACGCGCCCCGGCUGGCCCGGCUGUCCCUGGAGAGCAGAUCCCUGCAGGACGUGCUGCUGCACGGGAAGCCCAGGCUGGGCAGGGAGCUGGGCCGAGGCCAGUACGGGGUGGUGUACCUGUGUGACACCUGGGGGGGACACUUCCCCUGCGCCCUCAAAUCCGUCGUCCCUCCCGACGAGAAGCACUGGAACGACCUGGCACUGGAAUUUCACUACAUGAGGUCCCUGCAGUCCCACGAGAGGCUGGUGCACCUGCACGGCUCCGUGAUCGAUUACAGCUACGGGGGAGGCUCCAGCAUUGCUGUGCUGCUCAUCAUGGAGAGGCUGCACAGGGACCUCUACACGGGCCUGAAGGCUGGGCUGGAAUUGGAGCCACGGUUGCAGAUUGCCUUGGAUGUGGUGGAAGGGAUCCGGUACCUGCACAGCCAGGGCUUGGUGCACAGGGAUAUCAAACUCAAAAACGUCCUGCUGGACAAAAAGAAUCGGGCCAAGAUCACAGAUUUGGGCUUCUGCAAACCCGAGGCGAUGAUGUCUGGCAGCAUCGUGGGCACCCCCAUCCACAUGGCUCCCGAGCUGUUCACAGGGAAAUACGACAAUUCCGUGGAUGUUUAUGCCUUUGGGAUCCUGUUCUGGUACCUCUGCUCGGGCCAUGUGAAGUUACCUGAGGCUUUCGAGAGGUGUGCGAGCAAAGAUCACCUGUGGAACAACGUCAGGAGAGGGGUGCGUCCGGAGCGGCUCCCGGUGUUUGACGAGGAAUGCUGGCAGCUGAUGGAAGCGUGCUGGGACGGAGACUCCUCGCAGCGGCCUCUCCUGGGAAUCGUGCAGCCCAUGCUCCAGGGAAUCAUGGACAGGCUCUGCCGGGCCGGCUCCGAGCAUCCCAACAAAGGCCUGGAUGACUCCACCUGAAGCGGGGAAUUGCGGCAGGAUUCGGGAAUUGCGGCGGGAUUUGGCAAUUGCGGCCCCGCCUCUGCCGUGGAGCUCCGAGGCAGCCCCGAGGGGGGGAAAAGGGAGGAGCUCAGAGGGGGCUCAGGGGGGCGAGAGCUCCAUCCCAAUUCCACCCCGGUAUCCCUUUGGAAUUGUGCUGCCAGGGGGUGGCAAAUCCCUUUGGGAUUGUGCUGCCAAGGGGUGGCAGAUCCCUGUGGGAUUGUGCUGCCAAGGGGAUGGAAAAUCCAAACCCUUUGGACUCACCAAUCCCACCCCAAGCCUUGUGAGUGAUCCACGGGAUGGGGAAAUCCCUUCCCAAAACUCCGGGAUAAGGAUCCCACUCCUCCCUCAGCCACUGGCAGCAAUUCCAGAGCUCUUGGAGGGGAAGGAAAAGGCACAAAACUUUAGGAUAAGAAGUGUUGGGAAGCUCCAAGGAGCUGGAAAUGUUUACAUUGACAGGAGCAAAGCUUCCGUGUUUUUCUACGGGGACUUGGAAAACCCCACCUGGAUAAGCUAUUGAUCCCUAAUCCCACCUUUUUCCUCCUCUUUUUCCCUCUCCUUUGCUUCCUUAAAUUUCUUGGAAUGGCUGGAGAAACCUCCCCUCGAUUCCACACUCCUUUCCUCAGAGGUUCCGCUUUGUAGCAGCACAAAAAAAGUCCUUAAAAUUACUGAUUUUUCCAUGGGGAAAGUGCCAAAAUUCCUUUUAAGUCAGGAUUUGGGGCUUGGAAUUCAUGGGAAUGUCGUGGCAGUUUUAAAUUGGGCUGAGUCUGCAGAGGGAUAUUUUAAAAAUGAGGUUUUUCCAGCUUUUUUUUCCCCAAGUUAGAGGGAAGAAAGAUCCUUCCUUCUUCUCCUCACUUUCACUCCACGGCUGGAAUUUGGUUGGAAAGAAUAAAAAAAAAAAAUGGGGACAUGGGAAGAGGGGGAUCAUGGGCAAGGUUGUCUUUCCCAAAUUCCUGGAAAUCCCAGUUUGCUUCCUGCAUUUUUGGGGUGGAAUUGGGCUGAUCUGGAGCAGGAAAGGCCCCUCGGUGGCUCCAUGAGGAACUGGGGAUUUGGGAAUUCUCCUUGGAAUUCCCAGGGCAGGUGGAAUUCCUUGGCUGAAAUUCCAGCUGCCCACGGCCGAGGAUGGGUUUAGUGGGAAUCUUUUCCUUUCUUUGUGCAAUAAAUGGAUGCAGGAGCUUUUUAUGGAGGAAAAAAAAAAA